AUGUCCUCCAUGUUCAAGUUCGCCGCGGCCGCUCUGGCUGUGGCCGCUCCUCUGGCCAAUGCUCAGACCUACACCAAGUGUAACCCCCUGACAACGACCUGCCCGCCUGAUGUUGGCUCCACGCAGUCGCACCUCAACUUCGACUUCACCCAGGCCUCGGCUCUGGAUAUGUGGACCACCACCGCCGGCACCGUGAACACGGGCCCCAACGGUGCCGAGUUCACCAUCGCCGAGCGCGGUGAUGCGCCCACCAUUCAGACCUCGUUUAACAUCUUCUUCGGUGAGGUUUCCGUCACCAUGAAGGCCGCCUCCGGCCAAGGUAUUGUCAGCAGUAUCGUGCUGGAGUCGGACGACCUCGACGAGAUCGACUGGGAGGCUCUGGGUGGCGACACUACCGAGAUCGAAACCAACUACUUCGGCAAGGGCGAGACGGGCACCUACAACCGCUUCACGUGGGCCCCCGUCUCAACCCCCCAGGAGGAGUUCCACACCUACACCGUGAACUGGUCCAAGGAGAGCAUCAUCUUCUCCAUUGAUGGCGCCGUCGUCCGCACCCUGACCUACAGCGAGGCCUCCGGCGGCUCGCAGUACCCGCAGACCCCCAUGACCGUGCGCCUUGGUGUCUGGGCUGGCGGUGACCCGGCCAACGCCCCCGGCACCAUCGAGUGGGCUGGCGGCCAGACCAACUACGCUGACUGCCCCUUCACCAUGUACAUCAAGGAGGUCAACAUCGUCAACUCCAACCCGGCCAAGUCGUACACCUACGGGGACAACUCCGGCUCGUGGGAGAGCAUUCAGAUCAACGGCGCCACCGGCGGUGGCUCUGACACUGGCUCUGGCUCUGGCGGCGAGACCACCACCAAGUCCACCACCACUACGACGACGACCACCACCACCACUACUACUACUAAGUCCACCAAGACCACCAUGUCGACCACCACCACCUCAUCUCACAGCAAGGCUACCGGCUCGUCCACCUCCCGGGGUUCCUCCUCGGGCUCCGGCUCGGCCAGCGGCACUGCGACCUCGUCCGGCGCCUCCAGCUCCGGCGGUUCUUCAAGCUCUACUGGCGCGGCCCCCGGCAGCACCCCGACCACCUCUCACAACGCCGCCGUCAACAUGGUUGCGAACUACGUGGCUCCGCUCGGUCUCCUGGCCGUGCUGUCUGCAUUCUUCCAGCUGUAA